GCGGCGAGGUGGAUGCGGAAGUAAUUGACAGGAAACGAAGCUGCCAGGCAAAGAGAAGACUGCCGAAGGCCGAACUCGAGGUGUAAUUCUACAAUUGUAAUCAAAAUACCACAUAUAGGCCGUCCGAAAUGUCGAAGAAUACCGUGUCCGACCGCUUCAGGCGAGUAGAUGUGGAUGAAUACGACGAAAACAAAUUUGUCGACGAGGAGGACGGAGGAGAGAACCAGCUGGGUCCUGACGAGGCGGAGGUGGAUUCGCUGAUCAGACAAGGAAAUCUUAUGGAAGCACUGCAGGCAGUGCUGAAAAAUCCCCCCAUCAACACCAAGAACCAGAACGUUAAGGAGCGGGCAGAAGGUCUUGUUCUCAAGGUGCUCAGCUCCUUCAAGAGCAGUGACAUCGAGAAGGGGGUGCAGUCACUGGACAAGAACGGGGUGGACCUGCUCAUGAAGUACAUCUACAAGGGCUUUGAGAGGCCUUCUGAAAACAGCAGCGCAGUCCUGCUGCAAUGGCACGAGAAGGCACUCUCGGCUGGGGGCGUGGGCUGCAUCGUCAGGGUGCUGACCGCGAGGAAGACUGUGUAACUGAGGACCAAGAGGAAGAUGCCAGUGAAACAUGCAGGCGGCAAGGUUCUGGUGGAUUUAUCACAGGGGGGGGGGGAAUAA